AUGAAUCUAAGUGAAAAUUAUACGGUGUUUAAUAAAUAUAUAGCCAGUUCUAGUACUUUAACGGAUUUCAAUUAUGCCUCUUCAGCUGAAGAUGAUAGUUCCCAGUACUUGGGUAGUCCCAAUUAUCCUGCAGCAGCCAACUAUACGCCCAAUAUUAGCUACAUGGAUUCAUGGCCUUUAACUCCUGCCAUAACACCCACUAAUACACCAGAUUAUUAUCCACAAAAUUAUAAUUCAAAUAACAACUCUUUAAACGAAAUCACAGAUUCUAGCUUAAUCAAAAAUAUUGCAACAAAAUCGUCCAAAAAACCGAAAAAAUCCACUUCAAGUGGCAAGAAAAUACAAACUCAAAAUCCCACUAAUCCACCCAGUCCCACGGUUUUAAAAAAGCGAAGACAGGCAGCCAAUGCUCGUGAACGUAAACGUAUGAAUGGUUUAAAUGAAGCUUUCGAUCGUUUAAGAGAAGUUGUACCCGCUCCCUCGCUAGAGCAGAAGCUUUCUAAAUUUGAAACUCUACAAAUGGCUCAAACAUAUAUUGUUGCUCUAAUGGAUAUGUUGGGUUCGGAUACCUCGGAUAUAAGUUAUAAUAGUUUAUACUCACCCGGCAGCAACAGCAGUAUGGUCUCUACAUCAUACUCCACCGACAUCAGUUUGCAGUGA